CGAGCCAGCGGCGCCUCGCCCGCUCCAAGCGCGCGUGUGUGUGUGUGCGUGCGGGGGCCCUGGAGAGCUCGCCACAAGCACCGAGAGAUGGCGGAUCCAUAUUCCUUCAGAGGUGGAAGGAGAGCUGCAGGGUCCAGCAAAACCAGCGCAAGCAAAGAAGGCAGUAGGACAGAGAUGAGGGUAAAUCCGACCCCUGAGCCCCCCAAGCUGGGAAAUGCAACCAGCGACAAAACAGAAGGCAAGAAGAAAGGGAGACCUAAGGCAGAAAACCAGGUGCUGAAAGACAUUCCUCUGCCCCUGAUGAACCAGUGGAAAGAUGAGUUCAAGGCCCAUUCCAGGGUGAAGUGCCCCAAUUCAGGCUGCUGGCUGGAGUUCCCCAGUAUUUACGGCCUGAAGUACCAUUAUCAGCGCUGCCAAGGGGGGGCGAUCUCGGAGAAGCUGACUUACCCUUGCUCUUACUGCGAAGCUGCCUUCACAUCCAAAACCCAGCUGGAAAAGCACAGGCUCUGGAACCACUUGGAUAGGCCGGUACCAGCUAGCAAAGCAGAAAACAAAGUGCAGAAAGCCGUUGGCAAGGCCAGUGGCAAGAAAAGAGCUGCUGAGAGUUCAGAUUCCCCCACCAUCCAUCCCAAACAGGCCAAGGUGGAGAAGACUGUGGUCCCCGAGAAUGGAGAGUGCCUGGUGGAGAGCAGGAAGAACAAAGUAUUUCAGAUCACGGCAGCGGAGGCCGUAGCAGCAGCUACCCCGACGGCCAAGUCUUCGAGCUGCAAGGAUCCCAAACAGCAAGGGGGCACGCAGGCUUCCCUCCAGGAGGAGGACCCAGAGAGGAUGAAGCACAGAAGGAAACAGAAAACUCCUAAGAAAUUUACCGGGGAGCAACCGUCCAUCUCGGGGACGUUUGGAUUGAAAGGCCUGGCAAAAGCAGAGGACAAGGCAAAGGCCCAUCGAGCCAAGAAACUGGAGGGGACCAGCAGCACGGAUGAGCUGAAAAAGAAGCCUCCAGGAGCUGGUGUGAAAAGGGAGGCCGUGGCGCAUUUAUCCUCAGCAAACCCAGAGGACCAAUGGCAGCGGGAGAUCAAUGAGAAAGGAGAAGUUGCCUGUCCUACGUGUGGCGUUAUAACCAGGAAAACCAUUGUUGGGCUCAAAAAGCACAUGGACGUCUGUCAAAAACUGCAGGACGCUUUGAAAUGUCAACACUGCAAAAAGCAGUUCAAGUCCAAAGCCGGGCUCAACUAUCACACCAUGGCUGAGCAUGUCAACAAGCCUGGUCCUGUGGAAACCGCUGGAGUUGGUGAACAGGAAGAGCGGGAAAGGCUGAGGAAAGUGCUAAAGCAGAUGGGGAAACUGAAAUGCCCCAACGAGGGUUGCACAGCCAACUUUUCCAGUCUGAUGGGGUACCAGUACCACCAGAAACGGUGUGGGAAGCAGCCCUCCGAAGUGGAGAAGCCCAUAUUCACCUGCCCACAUUGCAGGAAGAAGUAUAAAUCCAAGGCGGGACAUGACUACCAUGUGCGGUCGGAGCACACUUCUUCGCCUCCUGAGGAGCCAAAGGUGAAGCCAGAGGCCAGCCCAGUAGAAGAUUUUGAAAGGACUCCUAGUGGUAGAAUCCGGCGCACAUCAGCCCAAGUAGCGGUCUUCCACCUGCAGGAGAUAGCUGAGGACGAACUGGCCAAGGACUGGACCAAACGAAGGAUGAAGGACGACCUGGUACCUGAAACUAAGCGACUAAAUUACACCCGGCCGGGGCUUCCGAAGUUAAAUCCGAGGCUGUUGGAAACCUGGAAAAAUGAAGUGAAGGAGAAAGGACACAUCAACUGCCCCAAUAACAGCUGUGAAGCCAUCUACUCCAGCGUUUCUGGCCUGAAAGCCCACCUGACUAACUGCAACAAGGGAGACCACUCUGUUGGGAAGUACCGGUGCCUUCUCUGCCAGAAGGAGUUUAGCUCAGAAAGUGGAGUCAAGUACCAUAUCCUCAAGGCUCACUCAGAGAACUGGUUCCGAACCUCUUCAGAGGCGGCCCGGAAGAAAAAGAACAGGGACCAGAUUUCCUCCAGCCAGGAGGAGAAAAAGAAAAGCACAACUGGAAAGAAAAGGGGGAGGAAACCCAAGGAAAGGCCCCCAGAAAUGUCUCCGAAAGGCAAAGAGAGCUCGGCAGCAAAGACUAAUCAUAAGAAAGCCACAGAGCCCUGGGAAGGAUCCAACUGCAGCCCCGAAGGGAGAGAGAGAGGCACCAAGCUACCCACCAACAGGAAAGGGGGAGCCAGUAAGAUGCCUGAGAAAUAAGGGGUUCAGAGACUCUCUGAGGAUUAGUUUACAGGCCAGGGUAACGGGGUGGGGCCCCUCCCGGUUUUCUCUCCCCCGCCCCCUGCUCAUCCGUUUGUUUUUUUUUAAAAAAACAACAACAAAAAACCACUUUAAAAUCAUGGACCUUGUUUCACACUGGAAAAAAAGAAAAGACUGCGACCCUCCAUCCGUCACCCCCGUGCACACGCCCGUACCCCUCGACUCCCCUCCACACACACGCGUGUGCACUUGUGCAUACACACGGGCUGCACAGCUCUUCCACUGACGGGUCACGUAAUGCAGCCAAACCUCUGCAAAGCGGGGAUCCCCCUGCUGACCGUUCCCUUCAAAUUCUGUGCGCUGAACUGGUGAUGCUUGAGCAAGAGGAAAGUGCAAUAGAGGUGGGGCGUAAAGGCUUUUUAUUUGGGAUUGCUUGUCGGAUUACCGUGCCAGCAUAGGAACCUGAGUGGUUUCUUUUUGGGUGGGGCAGGGGAGGGAGGAAAAUGAUCUUUUAGACACCGUCUGUACAAACGGUGCAACAGCCUGUGGCUUGUUAGUUGCGAUGACCUAAGGGCGGAGUUGAAGAGGUGUCUCCAGUGACUAGGCUUCGCCUACCCGUUGCAGUGGCUGGUGAGGCUUAGAAAAUGCCAGUCCCGAAGCCAGAUGCAGAACAUGGUUAUAGCCAGAAUCCAAACCAUAGCGCCCUUAGGAAAGAUUUUGGGUUUGUAAGGCAAGCUGGUGCCCCGUGGUACCCACAGUUAGUCCACUUGGUUUCUAUGAAUGAUGCUCGUGCUGUAGCUCGGAAGCCCGCCUGUCGAUUUCAAAAGAUGUCGUGGGUCCGAGCGUUUAACCCAUGGUCUGUUGGUUUCAUGGCCUGGCCAGUGUAUCGGGCGUGGUUUCUUCUCCGCCGUCAGGGUAAGCAGGUGUGGUGACCAUACGUAGCGGUGCGUUCGCCGUAGCACAAGGAGUUUGUCUGUUUUGGCUGUUGUCGUUCACAAGCAGCAAAGAAUGCUCAGCGAGGCCAGAAACAUGCCUGUGGGGCAUGAGAAAAAGAUCAUGACUGUCACUUGUGACUCCAGCGAAAGUCCACUGGAGCAGCAGGUUCUCAGCACCUUUGGAAAUCAGGCUUAAUGAAACCAGUCCCAAGGAAGAGUUUUUUAUUGGGGGAGGGGGGGAAUUUGUUUUAUUUUUUUAACUGAAGGCUGGGCAGUUGCAAAAUUAUCUGAGCUCCAUUGCCAGAUUGAUGGGGAGAAAAACCCUCUGGAUUUGGAGAGAACUUUUCCAGACUUUUUUUAAAAAUGUACAUCAAUAUCAAAUAUUGUAUCAAAUUGAUACUGAGCUAUUGGUACAAAUAGCCCGUUAGCAACAGAGCUGGGUGACUGCUGCAGAAAAUCUGCAUGGACAUUUCUUUGAAUUCCCCCUUUCUGUGCUCGCUUUCUGCUGGCAGGAAUGUUCACUACAAGAGCAAACGCUGUGGAGGGUUGGCAGAAAGAGACUUUCAAAUUCGUGAUGAUGAGCCAUCACCCCGGACAGCUGAUUCUAAGAGUGAGGCUCAUUCAAUCAGGGGUCAGAAACAAACCACGUGACCUAUCUGUCCAAUCCAGUCCACUCCACUUUUGAAUAUUGAAUACUCGCAAAGACCUCAGAGGGUGAAGAACUUCCGAUAAUGAAUCCAUCUGAGAACAUUGCAAGAUGUUCACGGACAGAGAAAGAGGCAAAAUUCAUCCAAGUGUUCUAUGAAUUAGUCACCCAGUUCUCUUCGCUAGGUCAAUGAGAUCUCUCCAGCCUGAAUUUGGUGCACUGCAUUGGCACCAAGUGACAAUCACAGGUCAUGCUUUAUAGUCACACCUCCGUGGCUUGAUGGAUGCACUCCUCUCUUGACUUGUUCUUAGCGCCCUCCCUUUGGGAGGAACAUGCCGUGGCCCAGGGGAGCAGCCUCUGAUCCCCUGAAACUCAUACUGACCUCAGUUCAUCUUCCCAAUUUGUCAUUCCUGGGAGUCCCUUUUAAACAACCGCACUUGUUUUGCGUUCGUAUUUCUCUGAGCUGAAAUUCUUAGAACACCUCGCUCUGGGCUGGAGGAGAAACUUCCCCAGACCAAAGUCCAUCGGCUUCUAGACAAAAACCAGGCUACCUCGCUCCUUGAUAAAUACAUGGGGCUCGCUGCAGUUCAUAUCACAAGGAGGCUUACCAGAGCAUUUUUGUAACAUGUUUUUCACUUGCCGGUGGAACAAAACCCAAGGAGCUUUUCCCUCAUUUGUUCCAAAUUGGGAAUUUUGGAAGGUUACGUUCAGGGGGAAGAAAUUCUGCUUAUUUAGUCAAUUAAGACCUUGACCUUCACUUUGCUUCACUGCAUUUCACAGCCUGUCCUCCAUCCCCUCAAUUCUUAGUAUUUUUUUCAUGCUCUGAAGAGCCAUUCAGUAAUAAUUAAUGUCCUUCUCCAGUGACACAUUAUUACUGCCUCAGAGAUAGAGCUGUCUACUCCUGAUGUCAAGUCAACUCCUCUGGGGAAUCCUUGCUUAAGUGCCCACCAUAUAUCCUGACAGCUGAAGUAAAACGUGUGCAUUUCCCCUGGUAGCACUAAGGAAGUGUGGCUAAAGCCUCCACUACUUGCCCCUGAAAACUGUGGUCUAAAGAUUGCUCGGGAUAAAAUCCCUCCCUUGCAUUUGGCCAUUGUUUACGGAAUACUGCUAGGCCGCAUUUUAAAGCAAUUAGUGAACAAAUUUAAUUAGACAGCACAUCUGGUCCUGUUUGCCUUUUGGGCGUCAUCUGUUCUGUUGUUUAUCUUGUUGUCAGUAGCGCAAAGUACAGACCUUAUCCCCCAGAGGAAGAGGAUGCUUCUUAGUAGCCAAAAGGCCAGCGACUUCCUAGCCUUUGCAACAGGAUAAACUGGAGCUAACUUUCCUCGCAACUUUCCAGUGCAUUGCAAAGAAAGUAGGAAAAAGACGACCAGGUGCAAUUUUGCAGUCAUUUUGGUGAUAUUCUAGCCAGACAGAGCUCAACGGUAGGGCUGCCUGUUUCAAAUGGAGUCAUCAAAGCAGUAAUUACCAGAAAGCCAUUUGCAUUGAGGGUUAUUAUUCCCAGGGUGGCGAAACACUGUUAAGCUGUAUCCCGCCGAUGCUCCAGGGAGGGGCCAUCCUGCCAUUGUUCCAGGCUAAUAUUGCCACUUGCUAAAAGGCCCUAGAGCAGCAGAAGCAUUCUGCCGUUCCCUCGCAGGAACGGAACGCAGCGCGAGAAGGGAUGUGAGAAGUAACGGGGCCUCGGAUUUUCAAAAACAGCACGUCCAGUCAUGCUCCUAAAUCUGUACGUAGGCUCCUAAAUCAAGUGACCUGAUUUCUCAGUCGUGCUGAGCACCCAGCUCCCGUUGACGUCAGGGAACGCUGCUGGACGCUCAGCACUUUUGAGAAAUCGGGUCACUUUAUCUCGGAGCCUAAAUCGACUUUAGAAGCUUGAUUUCAUGAUCUCAGUGAGAACUGUUUGAAUAGUUACAGAUUAACACCAGCUGGAAGAUGUUUAGAUGUUCAGAUAAGGAUCCUGACACAGCAGAAAGCAUGGCUGAAAGGAACAGAGGAAAGGCUGGGAAAAGAGGCGAGGAGAACCCCUGCUGCAUCGUGGCAUGUACAGUACAAAUAGCAAGAUUACACUGAAACGCAAUUGGUAUUGUGUAGGCCCAGGCCUUGAAAAACGUGGGUCCCAAAGCACACUUGCUGCACCCUCAAGCUCUGCAGGUCUGAUUGUGCACAUUGGCUGUCACACAGCACGACUGCAUGUCUUGUGCACGCUUCAGUACACGUGCUUUUGCUGGGGCACCCACAGCUACCUCCUUUAAAGAACUGAGCCCCUAGGCCCAAAAUCUUCCCCUCACCCCAAGUAAAUGGGCCAGGCGCCGGGGACUCUGCAAGGAGGAGUCCUCUUCUCAUGGCACCAGAGCAGCUACUCAAGGCUAACGGUGCCUAGCUCCAAAUCCACCGUGUCCUGCUCUCCAAGGAGACCUCACCGAUCUGGGCUGUGCAGCAUGUGUGGGGUUCCAGCGGCUGGGCUUCCCUUUGCACGCGGAAGAGGAGGCAGGACUGGCUCCUUAGCACUGGAAACACCCUGACCUUUAUUUUCAGUGACCGUCGCACGUUCUUCAUGAAUAGAAUUGCAGGAGGACACUUCAGUUUUGUGACGUCCCAGAUUUACAAACAAAAGCAGCUUUGUCAGAUACUCUCAACACGAGGGGACGUGCCAGCGCCACUUCAGGGGUCUCGCACAGCUCUGUGCAAUUCAAACUGGAAUCUUCUGGAUAGCCACUGACUAGGGGGCUCCUCUCAUAUGGUCCAGUACAUUCUCUCCUGAGGCCUUUCUCAAGUGUGAAAUGGGUUGUGAUCAGACAGGGGGCAUUGCAGUUGUUUGUAUCUAUUACAUGGGCGUGUCUGAAAUGGGCCUGAGCCACAGAAUCUGGAUCUGAAGCCAGGUCUCCAAGACUUCUGUAUCUGGGAGUACUUGGAUCUGGGGGUUCCAUUUGGUCUGUUAGAGAGAGAGUUAAAGAGGGAAAUUUAGAGCUGGGUUCCAAUUGGGAGCUUUCCAAAAGUUUGGGGGCUGUUUGGAUCUAAGUUUUGGCUUCUGGCCCAUUUCUGAUUGCGCAGUAUCUGCUGACAUACAUCCACCCCAGCUGUGUGAGUGUCACCCAGCUAAGGCCUGAAAACGUAUCUCAGCACUAGUCUCAGUGACAGCUGAUGCGGGGGUUCUCCUUAAGCUCAAAUGGUAGAGCAGCUGCUGCUGCUUUUAGAUGUCGCGUUCCUCGGUUCAAGUCCCAAAAGGGAUGGAUUCCACUCAGUGGCAACCAGUUUGUGGUUCAGUCCUGCUGGUGGCACGUUGUCUGAUGCUGCUUUGUGUGUGAACAGCAGUGGGCCAGGUUCACGCUGCUGGGAGACAGCUGUGUGCUUGUGUGCUCGAUCCCGGGCCUUGUCCUCUGUGGCUGGGGGCUUGAAAAGUGGCACGAGUCUGUGUUGAUAGUGGAACUUCUCCCUUAACUGAAGUGGUUGAGCGGCUUCCCUGCGCUCUGUGCGUCUCCAGUUCAGCUCCCCAUGGAGCACCAGUUGCCUCCCCAGAGGUUAGCACAUGGGCCGGGAUUUGAGAGUUCAAACGUGCAUAGAGAUGGCUUGAAUCAGACAGGAGUUGAUAGCAUCUCAGUAAGGGCAGAGCAGGGGGACAUCCGAAGGCAGAAUGGACCUGUUGGAGGUGAUGUUUAUCAGUACUACACAGCUCUCUCUACCCCAUGUAGCUGGCCAGUUCGGGGUGGAGUCCUGGGACGGCCCUUUGGGGCACCCCGAGGGGUAAAAGGUGAGAACAGUCUUUCUUCUUCGAGUGCUUGCUCAUAUCGAUUCCAUUCUAGGUGUGUGCGCACCCAGGGGCACAGUUGUCAGCAUUUUUUGCCUUAGCGGUAUCCAUAGGGCCAGCCCCUGGAGUGCCGUGCUCAUGCGCUGGUAUAUGAGGUGCUGCCAGCCCUACGCUCUCUCCCUUCCUUCUUGCUGCCAUGGCGGUGGGUCAGAGCGCCUUCCUCUUGCCUCGCAAGUGGACAGUGGUUUUUCCUAGUACCUACUUGGUCUAUAGUUUUUACAGUAGUUUCAUACCAGGCAGUCUUCUUCCCGAAACCUCCUAAAUCAGAUGAGGAGUGAGAUUACACUCGCUGGACGUCAGGAGGGCGCUGGCUUUCUCCAUAGAACAGACUAAGCCAUUAUGUAAAUCGAUGCAGCUCUUCGUCGCGGUGGCAGACAGGAUGAAAGGGCUUCCUGUGUCCAUUCCAAGAAUCUCAUCUUGAAUCACUGCCUGCAUCAGGUUUUGCUAUGAACAGGUGAAAGUGCCACCGUCAGCCAUUGUACCUGCCCGUUCAACCAGGGUGCAAGCCUCGUCGGCAGCCUUCCUGGCCCAGGUGCCGACUCAAGAUAUCUGCAGGGCCACUACCUGGUCGUCCAGCCACACGUUCACGUCCCAUUACGCACUGACCCAGCAAGCCUGGGAUGAUGCUGGCUUCGGCAGAGCAGUAUUGCAAGCUGCACGACUGUGAACUCCAAGCCUUCAUGGAUACGGCUUGUGAGUCACCUAGAAUGGAAUCGACACGAGAAAGCACUCGAAAAAGAAGAAAUGGUUAUCUGCCUUUCGUAACUGGUGUUCUUCGAGAUGUGUUGCUCAUGCCCAUUCCAAUACCUGCCCUCCUGCCCCUCUGUCGGAGUUGCCGGCAAGAAGGAACUGAGAGGUCAUAGGGCCGGCAGUGCCUCAUAUACCGGCACAUGAGCGCAGCCCUCCAGAGGGCGCCACAGCCUGCCCUACAGCUACCGCUACGGCAAAAAAUUCUGACAACCGUGCACAUGAGUGCGCACACACUGAGAAUGGAAUGGACAUGAGCAACACCUCUCAAAGAACAACAGUCAUGAAAGGUAGGUAACCGUGUUUAAGUCCCUUCCCUGAGCUCAAGGCCUGCAGUUCUGUGUGCAACUCCUGGAGACCACACAGCUGAGGGCGAGAAAAGCUCCCCACCCCCAUCCGCCUGCUGCACACCUGGGUGCAGGCCAGGCAAUAACAGACCCCUCGGAAGAGACUACAGCGCAUUCAGGAUCCCGGUUGGGAGGGCGUCUUUCCUAUUCACCUUUUCCACAAAUCUGCCCCACCAGCGGCCUGCUUUUCAGGGUUGCUGAUCGCAUGGCAGUUACUGGGACCUGCAGCUGCCCAGCCCGUCUGAGAAGCAGCCUGUUGAUCGGUACUAGAAAACCCAUCCGUUAUGCAGCACAGCGGAGUGCAUGGGUCAGUUUGUACCCACACACCGGGGCUAGUUUCCAUGCGGCCGUUAAAUAGUAUUUGUUUUACAGUAGCCACCAGAUGCCUCCGUCUGGAUCAGGAGCCCAAUCAGGAUCAGGGCCCCUCUGCACCAGACGUAUAGGAAGGCACAGCCCUUGCCCUGAUCGGAGCCCCAUUGCACUUGUCAUGUGCAAAGCACAUAGGACCCCGUCCUGAAGCGCUUACAUUAGAGCUGCACAAAGAGGGUUUCAUGUGAAGCCCAAAUCCAUGGUGCACGCGUGAGCAUUGCCUUCCUCGUGAGCCUUACAGGCUAGCUGCAAGCAAGUGGGAUGUGUGCAAAGAUUGGGGUCUGGAGGACCCGGUGCUCCGACUCUGUGAGGUUCUGUGGUGUGAACCCAGUUCUGAGCACUCAGCAAUGUUAAAUGUCCCGCCAAUGUUGAUACUGGUGUGUGUGUUAGUUCAUAUCUAGGACCAACUAGAGCGGAAUUCUGGGGUUACCCCGUGUAUGGAAGAAUAGCAAGACAGCCUCUAGUUCAUUUCAUUCCUGGUCACAGCUGCGUAGAUCACAGUCGGUGGCCUUUGACCUCCAUCAUCUCUAUCCAAAAAUCUCAUGGGUUACAUUCGGGCUGCCUGAUCCAACCACUUGAGGCACCAUCUGCCCACCCUUUAAAAAAAAUCUUAUUAAUCUGCCUUCCCAAGCCAGGACACUUUCAUUUGCCCUUCUCUUUAUUAUGCUGCAGUUUCACCACUAGUCAUGAGAAAGGAAAGGAGAGUCCCAAAUAUUUCCUGUCCCAGGUGUGGGAAGGCUGUGGCUGUAGAGAAUGAAAAGGCUACAGAGCAGUGGUGUGUCUUCAGCCCACCAGUGGGGAAGGUGUAUAGUAAACAGAUUGCUGACGUCCUCGAUUCCCUUCCUUUUAAAUUCUGCUUCCCAAGAGGAAUGCAGUUUAGGAAUAAUUUCCCAGGCCUCGCUCCAACUUGCAGAAUGCCUAAGCAGCUGCAGCUCUAUUCUUCUCAGCAGAGCAGCCAGUGUUGAGACUUGCCUUUAAAAAUAGCUUUUCAUUGCCCUUCAUCCUUUCUGUUUUCACAGCACAAACAGCUGCAGAGCAAAGGAAACAGCCCGAAAUGCACAUCAGUAAAAUGAAUGUGAGCGCAAGAUUCAGUGCAGAGUUUCAAAUGUGUUAGGUGUGUGCACCUGCAUGUCUAAUUUGCAUGCACUAUUACUGCAAUUGUGUGCACACAGUGGGUAUCUGCACGUGCAAAUUCACCUGAUGGGCUACUUGUGCACACAGUUUCCAUGAUUGCACCUGCAGCAGCAGCCAUUGUGCAUGCAAGUUGGGCACUCAUUUGCACACUGGGACAUGUAACCUCCAGAGUCAUCAAUACACUGGGGAGAAGAAUAUCAGAAAUUUCUGGAGAAGAAAAAGACCAACUGGCCCAACGUGGCAGCCAUGUUAACAUUUUUCGUACUGCCCCGGUCUCAAGCUUUUCCAUUCCUUUUCUCUCUCCGGAAGCAAAGCUUGGCAUCUCUGGAGCUCAUUUCUGCUAUCGCUGCUGUUCCCCACAGUUUGCUCUAUGUGUUCGUCACACCCGUGUCUGAUAGUCCUGCCAGGGUUCCACAUAUACUCCUAGUUUCCCACUUUCUAGAUUCUUGGUAAUGAACUGAAGCCCGAUGGCCAAGAAUUCCCAAGACUGCCCUUCCCCCGGACGCAAGGAUAGCCAAGCACGAGGCCUCUGAUCUGACUGAUCGUUUAAUGGUCAGUGACAUAUUUUUCAUAGUAGUUCGUUCCCUUCUUUCACUUUCCAUUUCUGUUCGGUGCUGACUCUCGCUCUCUCUCUCUCUCUUCCAAUGUUCAGCUCUCCAGCUCUGGCCAAGGAGGGCUGGAGAGAAUUUCCUCCAGAGCCCGGCAGUGUCAUUCAGUGCAUGGGAGCUUUCUGUAGAGCAACGUGAGGCUUAUGUUCCCUGCCCUACUCAGUUCUCAGGGACCUAAGUGCGGUGCCAGUGCCUGGCCACCAUGCUUGGACUGCCCAACCAGUGAAAUCUCCAUCUGUCCAUCUUGGGCAUGUCUAAUGCCUUAGUAUCCGGGUACCAAUGUCACUGGUGGCUGAAGACCAAAGGCCAUGUGCUGGCCCCCGCGACAGCCCUUUUGCACUGCUCUGACCUGGCAAAGGGACCAUAAAACUGCCCUAACUGGGCAACUUGGGAUUGCCCGGAUAUGGGGGAAUCUCUGGGUGGUAGAGUCCAGCAUAGUCCCCCUAGCAGAUCCCCUGCCUCAGUUCCUACGCUGAGCAAAGCUUGGCCGGAUCCAGGGAUUGGGGCCCAAACGUUGCAAAUGCAAUUAGCUCCUUGCUGGUAGCCAAAAGCCAGGAAAUAUAUUCCUAAGUCAUUUUAUAGUUGCUAUUGGUAGCUUCAGUGACUGUUAGAAAACAUCUGGCCCUUCUGCGUGCAUGUGGGGCUGUGUGAGUAUUACACACCGGACUCUGUGUCUCAUCAAGGUCUGAUCUGUUCCUGCUCGGCAAGCACUACGCCAAUCGACUGCGAGGGGAGCUUUUCCUAACUAAAGACGUGCCAGACUGGAAUCUCCAGUGGGAGCUCAGGUCAGUGUGGGGGUGGUAGUUCAGAAACAACCAGAAGAAAAACAUUCUCCGUAGCACUGCAGUCAAACCUAUUAAAUAGAGAGGUAGAGAUCCUCAGCUGAUGGAAAUCGGUGUAGUUCCGUUGUUGUGAACAGCUGCACUGAUCUACGCCAGGAAGAUCGCAGUAGCACUUAUUCUAUGUACAGUUAGAUACCAGGGUUACUACCAGAUCCCUCAUAUGGGGAAUGUGCGCGUAAUGGCGUCCACUGUGUGCAGAGUGGGUUUGUUUGGGUGUUGCUCGUUUCAGAUUGUUUUGUGUGUGUGUUUCUGUUUUACGGCACUUUGAUACACAUAUGGAGCCGGUAAUCUGUGCAUUUGCCUAUCCAAACUGGGUGACUGUGUCCACAAACGGCUGCUGGUGUGUGCAAUUACCUGUGCAUGUGUAUGAACUCGUGGUUUCCCAGUGGUAGAUAGAUUUUGUGUGCACGCACCAGCGCACGCAUGACCUAAGCCACAUUGUUUGAAAAGUUUGCCUCCAAGUCCACAUUGUCUCCCUGUGGGAGUAAAACAUAGAAUAGAAUCUCAGGGUUGGAAGGGACCUCAGGAGAUCAUCUAGUCCAACCCCCUGCUCAAAGCAGGACCAAUCCCCAGACAGAUUUUUACCCCAGUUCCCUAAAUGGCCCCCCUCAAGGAUUGAACUCACAACCCUGGGUUUAGCAGGCCAAUGCUCAAACCACUGAGCUAUCCCCCCCCCAACAUUUGGAUGGCAAUUUUGGCCUUGAUGCUCAUUACCACCAAGGCCCCUUUACCCCACGCUGGCAGUGUAAAAAGGGGCUGUUAGUGCAAAUGACAUCAGACCCUUUGAGAUCAGCAACCCCCUAUGAUCCAAGGUGCUGCCUGCAGCUCCAGGUUCGGUUAGCUCCAGGUUGGUAGCAAUGCCAGCAGGGCGUUGGCCACUUCUCCAGAUACCGCAGCUUUGCAGCACAUCUAUUUAAAACCAGGAAGCUUUUGAAAUUGACAUUUUAGCCCAGAUUCUGCCCUCUGAGAGACGCAGGCAACUCCUACUCACUGAAUCUUGCCACAUAAACCUUUGUGACGUGCCUUUCGACUGGUUUUGCUCCUUUGCUGCUUCUGUUAAAACCCGCGUGUUAACUGCAAAAGCCGUUUUUAAAGUAUUAUCUUUACCUCACGACUUGGUAAUAAUCAAAGGCUGAAACGCUUAUCGCAGAGCUCGGGGGGGUUGGGGGGGAGGAGAGGAGGGUUGUGUCCUUUCUAUUUAUCAGUCAUUUCUAUAUUUCAUGUGCAGUUUCCAUGCAGAAGAAACGGCGGCAGGGUGUCACUGUGACCUUUAUCUUCACGAGCCAGGGGAAUGACAGCUUGUACCUGUUCUGUAGCUAUGAUUAGUUCAUGGAAAGAGUUCUAGACAGAGAGGUCAGGAACUGGAAAUAGCCCAAACAAAGGUCCAGAUCCUCAACUGAUGUCAAUGCCUGGAGCGCCAUUGAAGUCAAUGUCAGUAUAUGCUGGCUGAAGAUCUGAACCACAGUUCAGUUCGGAGUUCUUUGGGGGUCCUCUCUCCUCUCCCCUCCUUCCCGCUCCCAGGGCCUUGAUUAAAGAGCUCCCAUCUCUCCUCUGAGCGGGAGUCAGCUGAUGCCCACAAACUGUAUUGGGGGUGCAUUUUCCCAGUUAGAUGCUGCCGCCCUUUGUGUCUUGCCCAUCUGCUGGUAGUUGGCUUCAGAACCUUGCCAUAGAUCAGUCAGUCCAGGAGCAGCCAGAAAACAGGAAAAAUCAGUUAUAACACUGAGGGCCAGAACCUCAGCUGGUGUACAUGGACCUACCUCCAUUAGCUUCAAAGGAGCUGCACUGAUUUACCCCCGCUGAGGAUCUAGCCCUGUGUCAUUGGCAGUUGCAUUGCAGGGAAGGGAGUGGAGACCCUGUUAGGCUAACUAUAAAACUUGGCCAGGAGAGGAGGAUAUUCUAAUUCUGAGAGUCAGUGUGGCCAAGUGGGUAGUGCACUGAACUGAGACUUGGGAGAGCUGGAGCUCUAGGCCUGGCUUUGCUGCUGGGUGGCACUUGGGCCAGUUAUGUCCCUGCUCUGUGCCUCAGUUUCCCCGUCUGUUAAAGGGGGAUGAUGGUACUGACUCCUUUUGUAAAGUGCUUUGAGAUCUACAGAUGAAAAGAGCUAGUUAUAAUAGGAGUUCUGACUGUAGCUUUUAUCACUGCUGUUUUUUCAGAGAUUCACUGACUGCAAUAGAUUAUGUGAAUUUUGAUAUUUACCAUCCUGGUGUAUGUGUCUUUGCCAUCUGUGAAAUUUCCAGUUGCUAGUUGUGACUAGUGGUACCAUAUUUUAUACCCUUAUUAUACUCUUUAUUGUCAUAAAUACUGGACUCUCUGGUGGUAAGGUUUUCCAUCAGGGUUCGAGUUUUGGAUUUAAAUCUCGUUGAGCCUUUAAUUGAGCAGAAAGUUUUUAAAGUUGGUUGCGAGAGGGUUGGUUUAUUGUUCUUGCUGGGGGUGUUUUUUCCCCAGGGCUGAAGUCUGCAUUGGUCCCUCCACCAUCUUGGUUUCAUUCUGAGCGAGGAAGUGUUUUAUUGUUGGAAGAAGUUCAGAAAGUAGCUGGAAGAACAUACUGUAAACAUGGAGCGAGUAUAUAAAUCUGGAUCCCAUCCUGCUUCUGUUGAAGCCGAUGGGAGCACUGCCAUUGGCUUUACUGGGAUGCGGAAAAUCAUGUCCAGGUUCCACUCAUUAAAAGUCAAUUCUCAUGAAAAAGGAAACAUAUGGGGGCUUGUUCUGCAGCGAGGGGGGCCCCAUUGAUUUCAAAGGGAGGGUCAUUCAUGGAGUGACUCAGGGUUAGCAAUGACUCUGGACUAUAUUAUUCCUCUUGCAGCCAAUCAUGGUUGGCCAUGUAUCAACAGAAACAGUGGCGUCACUUACACUCAUCAGGGUUUUAACUGCUUUUCUGCUUGGUUCUGCUAGAUCAUCAGCUGGACCUCGCUUCCAGGAUUGCUGUAUCUGUCCUGGAUGCACAGGGCAACGCUGGCAUAUGUACUGCCUUCAUGGCCCUGAUAUAUUAGAGUCCGAUCCAGUUCCAUUGAAGUUAAUGGAUGUUAGAUCCUGUCCUCAGCCAGCAUGGAAGCUGGGGGGGAAAAAACCACUUCUUAGAAACUUUGGUUUCAAUGGGAGCUCGGUGCCUAAAUAUCUUUGAGAGUCUGAGCCAUCAGGCCUCCCCCCAUUAUCUGCCCUCUGGAAUCAUGCCUAUUUAUAACAGCACAGGUGUUAUAACAGCACAGUGAGCGUGGCAUGGUACUUUAGAGUGGGAACGGCUAGGGCUCUUUGAGACGUCCCAUCGGAUUCAGGUACUAAAAUCCUAAUACCUGAAUCCCUACCCGAGUAGGGCCCUACCAAAUUCCCGGCCAUGUAAAACACGUCACCGACCAUGAAAGCUGGUCUCCCUCACUGAAAUCUGGCUGUAGCAGGGGAGAGCAGAUUUCACGGCGCUGACUGGCUGGAGACAGCGCUGCCUUCAGAGCUGGGCUUCCAGUCAGCAGCCGCCGCUCUCCACCCAAGUCUGUUUCAAGGCCCUCCUUCCCCUAGGCUGGGUCAGGGACCUGCCCUAAGUGCCGGUCUCUUUCAGGCUAUGAAAUCCAAAUGCCGUCACAGCUCCGGGCAGUGCCGUUAGCCGGGUGUGCAUCUGCGUGGGUCAGGCUAAGCAUUGUGGCUAUUGCUCAGAAGGAGAAUGAGCCGAACUGGGGCAUGGGGAUGGGGUGAUGGUGGGGAACCUCUAGCCAGAAUGCGAGGAAGGGGUAGGGACGUGUUGUUUAUUUCCUGGCGCCGUCCCUCCCCACCCCCCCCACCAGUCUUCACCAGGGAGCUGGCCAAAUAACCCAGCCUGGCGUCAGACAGGUGGUGCUGAUGUCCAUGACACGUGCUUCCCUCCACAUUCUCUCUAGUCUUGAUGAUAAGAUGCUGAAAGGCUGUUUGAGCCGUUUGCUUUCAGUCACUCGUGGACGUGAGGAUGUGCAAUGGCUCCCCCUCCUGGGAAGGCCAGUUCUAUAGCCAGCCUCGAGAGCAAUCGUGAAUUCUCGUUAAACAGCAGCGGGGCCACCUGACAAUUCCUCCCCCAACACAGGCUAAGCCAAUACAUGCCCCCCCCAGGAAGCGUUUCUGAUCAUAGUGGGGAAUAGUGCCUUUAGGGACAGCCUGCAAACCUGUUCUUUCUUGCUGGGUCAUUUCUCCUUUAGGCUUCUCAGAUGAGAAACCCCAACCUUGGAUACUCAAAAAUGGGCUUAGGUGAGUGAGAAAUGCGGAGGGAUGUAAAAAGCUAGAUACGAGCCCAAAAUGUAAGGCUCAACGCCAGACAUCCCCAAAGCUGGGGUGUGUUUGGAUCCAGGGGUUUGGUUUGGUUCUUGCUAUCUUCAGCAGCAGAAAAAUGGUAGCAAGGCAGAGCAAAAGCCAUCUUGACUCAAUAUGGUAAGGAACCAGCAGAACUCGGUUAAGGAUUCAAACCGGUAUGCAGCCCUCUCUGAACCCAGCAGCCAGUUACACUUUCCAGCCGGGAGCAAUUACAGCAGCAGAAUGGGAAGCACAGAGAGAGAGGGAGUUAUUUUCUUAGCACAUCAUGGAAAAGAAUAAAGUUCAGUAUCUGAGGCCCGAGAGGCGUCGAGUCAAGUUCACUUCUUCCCUGGACAUGGCAGGGAGCGGGGCAGUCAUCAUCCGCAUUGCUUGUUAUCAUAGCACCUUCAUUGCAGUAACUUGCAUUGUCUUCAGUUGUGACGCUUCUUUUAAAGUCAUGAAAUUCACCGUUUUUCUGGGAUAGUCAGAAAAGCCACCCAGACCCGGCUCCUUUCGAGCCCUUUUCAUUCUUUGCUGGAAUUGCACAACUCUCAGGGGUUUAAAGGAAAAUGGCUAAUUUCUUUGCAGUGCAAAGGAGGCAGAUACCGGUCAGUUUCACUCGUGUAAGUCCUGAGUGGCUGUGAGCAGGAAUUCGGCCCAAGAGUUUGAUGAACUGCAGGAGCAGACUUUAAGUGGGGGAAACAUUCAAAGGACUUUUUUUAAUCACCUGAAAAAUACACCUCUACCCCGAUAUAACACGGAUUCGGAUAUAACGCGGUAAAGCAGCGCUCCGGGGGGCGGGGCUGUGCACUCCGGCGGAGCAAAGCAAGUUCGCUAUAACGCGGUUUCACCUAUAAUGCGGUAAGAUUUUUUGGCAUUAUAUCCGGAUAGAGGUGUAAUAACUGCAUAAUAAAUCUUUAUUUAAGAAAAUAUUAUCGUCCAUGGCUCACGUUUUCAACAGGCACCCGAGCAGACGUCUUACUACCAGAUUUGCGCAUUCAAAUCUCCAUUUGCACAUGCAAAUCUCCAUUUGCUUGCACAAUUGCAGCUAGUUAAAUAGACAACUGGAGUUUGUGGAGGCCAGCUGAAAAAUUGAGCCUAUUUCUUUCCAUCCAGCACAGCCCUCCCCAUAUGUAGGUAUCCCUAGAAAACAAUCGACAGGGUAUGAAAUAAGGAAGGACCGCAUUUUCAGAAUUUGGCCCCCACAGUAUUGGUGAACUGGUGGGAGCAUCCAUUUGUGCAUUCAAAUGAGGUAAAUGCACUGCACGGAUGACUGACUAGAUGCACAGGUACUCAGUCUGCAUACAUCCAUAGGUGCACCGUUUUGUAGGCCACUUUUGAAAUUGUGCCCCUCCAUGUCAGUGCUGGAUACACCAGUCCUAGUGUCUGGUGUUGUCGUUAGCUUCCUGUGGUUGUUACUUUAGCACUUUACUCUGCUGCAGGAAGGGGAUCUGCUUGGAGCGAAUAGCACUUCCAGGCUGGGGGAUUAAGUUUAACAUAGGUGGGGAUUAAAAUAACGUCAGAUGCACCCCAAAUUAAGAUCAGGGCUUAGAUGUAGAAUGAGAGUUUCAAUAUAAAAUAACCUGAAAGUAUUUCAGAGGCAUGUUCUUUUGGCCAAGGUAAAAGGUAAAAUACAGUAUCCGUUUACUCUCUAAUACCUCUUCUAUCUGGAAACGGGACCAAAUGCUGAUCUCAUUUACGUUGGCACAAAUCUGAAGUAACUCCAGUUCCCUUUCAGUCUAUGAGAUUUACUCCAGAUUUAGGCUGGUGCAGAUCUGGCUUACCUCCCACCGUGGCAAUGGGAUGAAUUCACUAGGACAGGUCCUAACCCCUACUCUAGCUUCUUUGUGCUGUACUAGUGUUGCAAAGAGUCUGUAAAGCUUCCAUAAAAUGGCAGCUGACGAUUCCCCUAACAUGGGGGAAAUUCCUGGCUGGCAGAGAGUUGGCUUUACACAUCUCUGUGCCAGCCCUAACUUGCCCCCUCUCAUCUUCAGCUAAAGGAGGGCGUUCCAACAAUGCCUACCAGUAUAGCAGUUUUUGGACAGCUCUUACAAGCUGGUGCAAGUUAGAGCAAACUUGUGGCUGCUCUAAAUUGUGCUGGGAACCAAAUCAGCCCCAAGGAUCAGGGGAGCACAAAGGUGGUAUACAGCCCCUAUACCUACCCGCCUCCUUUGGGUUCUGCUCCAAGCACUGGACCUGAGAAUGAGCUAAUGGAUCUUUUCCAACUCUGAUGUCUGUGAUCUGUUAGCUCUGUCUUUGGGCUCCUGGCUACCCAGGUACAAGAGGUGCAAAAAAGAACAUCCAAACAUUGCAAAAGGAAGCAGUGGUUUUAUGUUGGAAUUUCGGUUUUGCCAAAGAAAGCCUGCUUCUGCCACACGAGCACUGGACAAAAGGUUCUGCUCAUUCACCUUCCCCUCCAUUAGGGACCUUUAUAUCGCCAACUUCAGAGCAGAUCAGAAGGAAAAGUCAGCACAUAACUAGAGAGCUGGAAUGAUUGUCACUGGACUCUGAGCUCUUACACAAACAUAACUCCCCCCAAAGUUAACGGAAGUAUUAUGCAUAUAGAGGUUGUGGGAAUGGGACCUUAGAUGUAAGUCCCAGACAAGAUGCCGAAUGGCUAGUAGGCUGAGUUCUGGUCAGACAUACACAGGAAACCACGACUGACCUCGCAAAGGGCACCACAGUGAAUGGCCUCUCUGGAGUUGAUCCCAAAUACACCGAGGGAGAGAUUUGCCGAAGCAUUCUGUGGGUUUUUUGCAUCCCCCUUUUUUUUUUCUUUUUUUUAACCAUUAACCUCACCAGGAGCAAGGUUCGAUGAUUGCUGGGUGCUUUUCAAAAUCCAACCCUGACGUUUCACAAGCUGUAGGCGAGAUCAGUCCAUUUCGUAUCACCUUAGGGAAAUUCCUUCCAGAAACUCAACUGAUCACGUUUUAAUCUGAUCUGUGUUUAAUCCCCAAUAAAACUGACACUCGUCAGGUUUUGUGGGUGUUCAUAGGUUUUUCCUUCACAAUAAGGCAUGACACACACAACACCGUUGCAAGGCUCCCUCUUGCAUUUUGAUUUCCUCUUCAGGCCUCCGUGCUCAGCGGGUUUGACACAUUUUGUUAUGUUUUCUAACCCAGAAUAGCUCUGUACAUGGAGAGGCAAGAAACCCAGGAUCUGGGUUAGAGCAAUGGGUGGCAAGCAAGGGCCCAUUUCAGUAGGAUUUGUGGAGACCUUACCAAAAAAUCCAAUAGCUGGGAACGUUGCAGAUGAACAGGGCUUUCGCCCAAACUGAGGGAAUUAAGCUGAUCUCGGGUGCAAGUCAAGCUCUUGACAUCUUUAUUCCGCUUAUUCUCCAAAGGAAACUGAGGCAGGGAAGCUGUGGCCAUCCUAGAGGUGCAUCUCAAAAGCCAAGCUAGAAAUACCUGUCUAUCGCCUCUGGGCCAGGCCACGGAAUAGCAUGUUGUAAUAGCUACAUUGUUCUGAAAACAGAGUUGGGAGCAGGGGUUCGGAGGGAGAUGGCCCCGAUGCCUUUAGACAUUGCUGGAAAGCUCCUGGCUUGCUCGGGUUGUGGGAUGCUUGGUGGAGAUUUUUGGAUGGGUAGGGGUGACUGGACUUUAUAGGAAACCCGCCAUUCAAAGGAAAAUAUUUACCAUCAUUCAGGCUGGCAAGGGAAUCCAUGCAUUGAUCCCUCUGGAUAGGGUGCUAUCUCACCCACGAAGCACCAGCCCCCUUUAUUAAUACUAGGUGGUGGCUAAUCAGAUGUUCUUUUCCUCCUCCUCCAUUUCAUUCCGCCUGUGUACCUGUAUAUAUGAGACAUGAGCCUACAACCAUUUCAGGUUGGUUUAAAAGGAGGAUGAGAUCCCGGAGCCAAGCUCGUUUCUUUGACUUUAUCAGUUCAGAUCUAGUUGAGCUGGGUUAAGGGUUGAUCAGUGAU